CUCAAAGAGUCUGGACCUAAAGAUCAAUUUUCAAUAUAACUUUUCUUGACUGACAAUAGUUGUAGUAACCUGUCAGCUUCAGGUCUGUGUUCGAGAUCGUGCAUCAGGAAUGUGGACUAGAUUGCGUUUGCAGCUUUUUCUUUUUCUUCUUCUUUUUUGAAUCAAACCUCCCGUCCCCCCUCCGUUUAUAUAAUGCUUGAGUAAUUCCCUUUGAUUCUGUUGUUUCCAUGUAUCACGGUUGAAUCACAAUUACUGCAACUUCUGAUUACUCAACUUACUUUAUUAUAUCUGCCCACAUUGUUUUUCUCAAUCUGUAGCUUUCGACACAUCUUUCCUCAUUCUAACUACAACUUCAAUAUGCCUCCCUCAAAGCCAAAACCUUCAGAAAUUGCUGCUGAAGCUAAGAAAACUUAUAUUCCUUACAUUCGUAGUGCAUGUCCACAGUGGCCAACUACUUCGUAUUUAUGUCAUUCGGAUUCUUUGCGAGACCAGCAAAUUAGAGAACCAAGGCAGUACACAUUUGGUAUGCAUCUUUGAAGAAAUCCACAAAUCCAUUAACUAACAUCGACAGCUUUCUUGGAACGGGAUCCUGUGGACCUAGCUCUUGAAUGGACAGCUAGCGAGAAUAAUCGCCCCAUUCCCGUCAUCAUGCCAGCACAUGAAAGGCGGCCGGGUGGUGAUUGGGAAGCUGGUAUGUAAUUCCAGUCGUAGUCUUAUCUCCUUGUAUCCUAAUUCACUAUUUUUAGGUGUCAUGCAGCCUGAAGAGUGUUUAGCCAGACGAAGCACUCUCUAUACUUGCUUGACUACUCCAGCAUCAGACAACAUUACCUCAAAUAACUAUCCCAUUCCCGAACGAGCUGGUAUCAUCUCUCAGAAUGUUGGUAAGUUGGCUCAACUCAACCCAAAUGUGGCAUGCAUUCUAAUAGGCAAAAGUUGUUUUUCGUAAUGGACCAGAAAAGUAUGAACCAUGGUCAGAAUACAAAUGUGAGUUCUCAAGCUAUCAACCUAAGAGAUUUAUGUUGACAAAUAAUCCAGCGCUGCCAAUAAUCUCCGUUCCUACUGUUAAACGUCCUAAGCUUGACAGCUCCGGCAAAAAGUACUCUUUCAAAACGGAACGCGAAUUAAUGAAAGCGUCCAUCAAAACUGCAUUGAGAAUCGCAAUCUUCUACGGAUAUGAUAAGAUUGUGAUCGGAACAUAUGGACUUGGCCCAGGCUUCAAGAACCCUCCAGAAGAGGUUGCAAACAUCUGGCGCGAGGUACUGGUCCGCGACGACGAAUUCAAUCAGCAAUUCUCGGCCAUCAUCUUUGCUUUUGAGGCGUGUGAAGGUCCCGGAGGUUCCACAAGUAGUCCAAGCUCUUCAUCGAAAAGCUCGAAGUCAUCAAGCUCCAGUAGCAAAACUUCUUUCACUCAUGAGCUUGACAUUUUCAGGCAAACAUUCAAACCAGCAAAUCUCCACGGCGCCUUCAAGUCUUGAAACUUUUCAACGGUGAUGCUUGCUUGGCGUUUUAGGGGGGCAAAAGGGGUGUUACAUGUCAUGAUGCGGGCAUGGGUGGAAUACAUGGUGGCGUUUGUUACACUACAGCUAAUGCAGAAAUUAUGAUCUGGCAUAAGAGCGGUGGGAAAAAUGUUGGGAUCGCUUUUUAAAUUUCUUCUGUAGACAAUUAAAAUUGAGAAACAUUACAGUUCUUA